GUGUCUAUAUAUAAGUGAGAGAGAGCGCGUCACGUCAUUGUAAUUUGUACAUAGACCGUUCGGAACACGAGUGCGCAUCUCCCACGGGAAUUUUGUAUACCCUUAUCUCGCCGUUUUUCUUAUAUCAUCGUCAUGGACGAAUCUGACCGCGAAGAGACGGGACACGGGCAGCUACGAUAUACGGCGCAGUGCGAACAAUUGUGACUUUUAUGUAUACGAUUUUGUGCGGCGACUAUAAUACGCGCGACGAUAGUGGUGUGAGACGAAAGUGGGGGUGAGAGAGAGAUAGAAUAGAGAUUGCUUCGAGAACGUGUUACGUGUUUUUUUUGUGAGCCUCGUCCGUGUUGUGCUCACGCCAUGACGUUGCUGUGAAAUCGUAUCCCAAUAAUAUCAAUCCCGAUGUUGGUCAUAGGAUUGUGCCAAUGUAACUUUCUUGCUUUUAACGAGGAGGAGAGAAUCCGGGGCGGCGGCAAUUCGUGGAUACCGAAGAAAGCUUCAAACGCGUUUGAAGCUUUCGAGGUCGUAUUCAUGGAACUAUGAACCUGGACUCGUUGUCUUUUACUUUGUCACAAAUCAGUUAUUUGGUUGCGAAUUUGAGUAAGAAAAAUUACGAGGACAGCUGUCAAGAGAUAUCGGUUUUGGUGCAGUGGCACGGUCUGGAAGCAGAUCGACAUUUCUUGCGCUGUCUGAUUUCGUGCGUUGACUUUUCCAAGGGUGAGUUGUCAGAGUCGAGCGCGAAAGAUUAUUUUCAAGCAAAGUUGCUGAAACAAGAGUGCAACAGUUUACUGAGCAAACCUUCUUUUAUAUCUAACCUGUGCUUUGCUAUAGAUAAUCCUUUACAUCAUCAAAAGUCGUUGAAUUCCUCUCCAAAGUUUUUUGUCAAUUUAAAAAAAACUCUCGGCUUAACCUUGGUGCAGGAAGUUGCAUUUGCGAUUGCGUUACAGCAUUCGGAAAACACAGAAAUCCGUUUGUUAGCUUUAGAGCAUACUCAGAAGCAAUUGCCUGAAUUAAUAAAAAAUUAUAUAAAUUCCGAGACGAUCAACAAGCAUCACGAGGGUGGUUUGCACGAUUCUUUGCCUCAAGUCCUUCAAUUGAUACUUGGCCAAGUUUUUCAUACCAGCAAUCCUUAUAACUUAUCCGUUGAGGCGAAAGAAAAAUUUCUUCAAAACCUUCGGCGCGAUUUUCCCCGUGAACUGGUACCAGUGGUGUUAGCACCAUUCUUGUACCCAGGAGACGGGGAAACACCACAUUUCAAGAUCGAGUUCAACAUGGCUGUCAAUCAGAUGGAUAACAAUACUCUGGUGGAGUUGAUUAUGGAAUUAGGAUAUAGCUUUACCAGUAGUGUGGACGAAUGCCGAUCGGCAUUGACGGGUUUAGGCGCGAGGGAAAUACCGCCGACAUGCGUUGCUCGUGUGUUGGCGCAUAUGGCACGCAGUUGUAGCAGCCUCGACGAUGCUGGUGGUUUACAAUCGUUUUGGGGUAAUUCGGCCGCCUCGCAGGACUCGAAUAAGGAAAAACCAUCGGACAGUACCAUUCCCACGACAUGGAACGUGGAAGUAUUUAUUCAAACUUUAAAAGAAAUGCAAUCUACAUUAUCUUGGAACGAUGUCAUAGUGAAGUUGGACCAUGCAGAGUUUAUUAUCAAGGAUAGGCAAGGUUUAAGCUUAUUGAUUACGGGUCUUAAAUUAGGUCUCCAACAUCAGGGAUAUCCGCCUGACAUGUUUCCCGUCGAGCUAUUCUAUCGACACUGGGAUAAUGUAGAGGGUCAAUUCUCUUUGAUUCAACAGAUUCUCAAGUGUCCAGAUAUAUUUUGUUUCGCCGACUAUCCGUAUCAUUCGGUAACUGUCGAUGUAUUGAAGGCAGCUCCUGAGAGCGAUAGCAAAGAAGGUCAAACGUGGCGAUCGCUGAAUAUAGUCGAACUGCUUCUGCAUAUGGCCGAGAGAGGCUUAUAUAAUUCUGUACAAGAAAUAUUUAAGUGGCCGGUGCAACACUGCCCGGACGUGCUCGUCUUGGCGUUGUUACAAAUAAAUCCGCCGCUCACGUUACUGAGACAGGAACUCUUUACCACAUUAUUGCCGAUCUUUCUCGGCAAUCAUCCAAAUUCUGCUGUGAUACUGCAUCACGCAUGGCAUGCCAAUAAUACUAAGAUAAAGUCGAUUAUAAUGCAUGCCAUGGCGGAUUGGUAUACACGCGGUGAUCACGAUCAAACAAGAUUGUCUCGAAUUUUGGAUGUUGCGCAAGAUUUAAAGGCUCUUUCUGCUUUACUCAAUUCGCCAUCUUUUCCAUUCGUCAUUGAUCUCGCUUGUUUGGCGUCCCGACGAGAAUAUUUGAAAUUGGAAAAAUGGCUGACAGAUAAAAUCAGGGAUCACGGAGAAGUUUUCGUUGCCGCGUGCGUCAAGUUCCUGCAACGACGAUGUCCUCAAGUCAUGGGUCCUGGUAUAAAGGAAGAUCCUACAGUUCCCAAAGCGAGUCAGUUACCGCAGGAAACGCUCACUACAAUAUUGGCUUGUUUACAAGUUUGCGCUGGGAGUGUCUCCCAAGAACUCUCGGAAUUAAUAAUGACGAUGGUGCAGAAUUGCAGUCUAAUGUUGAGUAAGAGUACUAUGAACAGACCACCACCGCCGGGAGUUUUGAGACAUCGAGGAUUAGAACCGUUUAAUCCAGCAACUUUGGGAAGCCAGUUAUUUUCCUCGAAGCAAGUAGAUCCCCUUGGGAAUCUCAGUUCGAGUCUCGCUACUAUGGGUCUUGGCACGGGUCUCGGACCUCCGAGUAGUUCUGCGUUUAAUUUGCCCGGCGCUCUAGGACCUCUAGUUUCGGCACCCGGCUCUCCCUCGCGACUCAUGGGACCUUCUCCGAGUCCGUUCUCCAUAUUGCCCUUAUCCUCGCAACUACACUCGGGUCCAGUUGGUACUCAAGGACCGUCCGUACUUCCUGGUGGUACGAUAGGCGGAUUGGGACGUCUCGGACCGCCGACCGGUAUCGAGAAAGCGAGAAUUCCGGAAACCUCGAAUCUGUUCCCGGACAUGGGUCAAAAUGUAUCCAAAGAGGUCGAGGACGAGGCAAACAGCUAUUUUCAACGUAUAUACAAUCAUCCGCCACACCCGACUUUGUCGAUCGACGAGGUGCUCGAUAUGUUAAAAAAAUUUCAAGAUUCCGGUAUUAGACGGGAGAGAGAGGUGUUUAAUUGUAUGUUGCGAAAUUUAUUCGAAGAGUAUAGAUUUUUCCCGCAAUAUCCGGAGAAAGAACUGCAGAUAACGGCGCAAUUGUUCGGUGGAAUUAUCGAGAGAGGUCUCGUCAACAGUUACAUGACUCUCGGAUUGGCGCUAAGAUUUGUCCUCGACGCGCUCAAGAAACCGGAGGCUAGCAAAAUGUACUAUUUCGGUAUAACGGCCUUGGAUCGAUUCAAGAGCCGUUUGAAAGAUUACCAAACAUAUUGCGAACAUGUUAGAACGAUUCCGCAUUUCAACGAGUUCCCGCAGCAUCUGAUAGAGUAUAUAGAAUACGGAUUGCAAGGACAGGAGCCACCGUCGAGACCUCAAGGCCCAGUUCUUCCGAAAACUUUGGCGGCUAUGUUGGCUCCGGUCACGACUCCUUAUAAGACCAUGACUACGACUACCGUCACAACCAGCACUACACAAGCGAAACCGUCCACGACUCCGACUACAUCUCUUUCGGCCAGACCCUCUAUGCCUUCGGUCGCUAAUGCAACUAAUAUCGAUACGUUGCUCGUGGCGACAGAUAAAGAGGAAAAAAUCACGACGCCGCCAGAAGCUUUGCAGGACAAAACGGCUUUCAUUUUCAAUAAUCUCAGUCAGUUGAAUCUGCAACAGAAAUGUGACGAAAUUCGCGAGAUUGUCACGGAGGAAUAUUGGCCGUGGAUGGCGCAAUAUCUAGUAAUGAAACGUGCCAGUAUAGAGUUGAAUUUUCAUGCCUUAUACUCGAAUUUUUUGGAUUGUAUCAAAUUACCUGAGGUGAAUAAAAUGGUCACGAGAGAGACAUUUCGAAAUAUCAAGGUUCUCUUACGAAGCGAUAAGGGAAUAGCUAAUUUCUCGGAUCGGUCGCUAUUAAAGAAUUUAGGACAUUGGCUCGGAAUGUUAACACUUGGCAGGAAUAAGCCUAUUUUGCAGAUAGACAUAGAUUUAAAAAGUUUACUCGUUGAAGCAUAUCACAAAGGGCAACAAGAACUACUUUAUGUAGUGCCCUUUGUCGCGAAAGUACUUGAGAGUUGUGCGAAAAGUCGUGUCUUUCGUCCACCCAAUCCCUGGACUAUGGCGAUUAUGAAUGUUCUAGCUGAAUUACAUCAGGAACCUGAUCUGAAAUUAAAUUUAAAGUUUGAGAUAGAAGUACUUUGCAAGAAUCUGAGCAUUGAUGUCGGGGAACUGAAACCAGUCAUUUAUCUGAAAGAUCCGGAAAAAUUGCGUAAUUUAGAAUAUCAGUUAUCGCAUCCGAACAAGAAAUCGGAAACUACUAGCAAUCAACAACAAUCUCAGGGGCCUAUAGAGGAAUUGGUCGGAACUACAACGAGCGGCGGCGCCGUCAUCAAUCCUCAAUCCGCGCCACCCGCGAAUACAACACCCUCGUUGCCGACCGGCGGCGCGCCUGAACCACGAUUCAAUUAUAUGGAUAUAUCUGUAACAGGCAUCGCCAAUAUUUCGCAGCACAUUACUAUUAACAAUCAAUUGCCCCUAUUCCAAACACAUCCUCAUCUGAAGCAGUUUGUUCGCCCAGCAGUCGAAAGAGCGAUUCAAGAAUGGAUUCAUCCUGUUGUCGAUAGAUCUAUCAAGAUAGCUCUUACAACUAGCGAGCAGAUAGUGAAGAAAGAUUUCGCAUUGGAUCCGGAAGAACUGCGGAUACGGACGGCUGGACGUAACAUGGUGCGCAAUUUAACCGCUGGCAUGGCUAUGAUCACAUGUCGCGAUCAAAUUCUGGCAUCCAUCAGCACGAAUUUAAAACAAGCCUUGCUCACGGCAUUGAUCGGUACGACUCCACAGCAGAAGGAGCUUGCCGAACAAGCGGCGAAUGUAGUUGCCGCUGAUAACAUGGAACUUGCCUGCGCAUUCGUACAAAAGACUGCUAUCGAGAAAGCGAUACCCGAGAUGGACAAGCGGCUACUGAGCGAGAUGGAAUUGCGAAAAAUUGCUCGGCAAGAAGGCCGACGAUACUGCGAUCCUCUCGCCAAGUAUCAAGCCGAGAGGAUGCCGGAGCAGAUCCGAUUGAAAGUCGGUGGCGUGACGCCACAACAGAUGGCCGUUUAUGAAGAAUUUGCCAGAAAUAUUCCAGGAUUCCUACCACUCUCCGAACGGGAUACACAAGUACUCUUCAUGCCGAAACCUAUCAAUGAGACUCCCGUCACCACGUUCACACCUAAUUCGGCCGUGGCAGUCGCUACGGCGCAACAAGUAGCGGCUUACGCGGCGGCUGUUAGCAAUGACGAGGUGGGCGCUAUGCUGGAAAAACUAGCCGCGGAAGCGGAAGUUCUGUUGGCUGCUGCGGGACCUGCGGCGCCUCCGACGCAGCAUGCUACCUUUCAUAAUCUUCUGGAAACGAUCAUUCUGACCAGAAGAUCAAGAGACGCCGGUGCCGCUAUGACAUUAUUAAAGAAAGCUGUCGAAGGUUUGGUGGAUGGGCUAAUUCUUAGUAGCAAUGUCAUCGAUUCGGAGAAUCUUGUACAACGCUACCGAGAACUGCACUUGCGGAUCUUGAAAUGUCUUCAGGAUCCACGUGCGUACGGUAUGCAAUGGACCAAUAAGCACGUGACUCGUUGUCUAACCGAGUACAGAGAAGAAUUUCGAUAUAAUUUUGAAGCCGUGGAUUAUCUCAUAAGGUCUCAUUUGAUCAGUCUUCCACAAUUCGAUGUAGCUCUAGCGCAAGCUAUGGAGGCAGGAAGCGCCAUGGCAACAGCAUUCGCCAUGCAAUUGGUUCAGCUUUAUUUGAUUGAUGAAAGACAAGCGACUCAUGUUACCGAGACUGAUUUAUUUCAUACAAUUGAAAUAUUGGCUCGAAUGGCACAUCACAGAACACCACCGGAAGGAAUCUUACUCUUUAGAUUAACGAGUCUAGUAGAUUCACUGCGUGCCAAUCACGAUUCUGGUGUACUGGUGGACAGAGCUCCAGCAGGACCUACGGCACACAUUCAUUCUGGAAUCCUGCAGGUGAGAGCUCGCGAUUUUGAUGAUCCACCGGGACUAAUGGAAAAGACGGAGUAUCUGUUGCGCGAAUGGGUGCAGAUGCAUCACAGUCCGCAGCACGCACGUGAUCCUACCAAAGCGUUCAGCAUAUUUGUGCAUCAGAUGAACAUACACGGAAUCCUCAAGACCGACGACCUAAUUACGAGAUUUUUCAAGCUAAGCACUCAGAUGUGUGUCGAUCUCUGCUAUCGCGCUCUCUCGGAAACCGCGACAGCUCCCUCGAUCAUGCGUGCGAAGUGCUUUCAUUCGUUGGACGCGUUUGUACGUUUGGUAGCACUCUUAGUGAAGCAUUCGGGCGACGCCACCAACACCCACACCAAGAUCAAUCUCUUGAACAAAGUGCUCGGUAUCGUUGCCGGAGUGCUGCUGCAAGAUCACGAGAUACGCGGUACCGAUUUCCAGCAAUUGCCGUAUCACAGAAUCUUCAUCAUGCUCUUCCUAGAGCUGUGCGCGCCGGAACCGGUACUGGAGGCUGUCAACUUUCAAGUAUUGACGGCCUUCUGUCACACCUUGCAUAUUCUACGUCCGGCGAAGGCAUCCGGCUUCUGUUACGCCUGGCUGGAGUUGGUCUCGCAUCGAGUUUUCAUAGGACGUAUGCUCGCCAUUACACCGCAGCAAAAAUGCUGGGGUAUGUAUGCGCAACUUCUCAUUGAUUUAUUCAAGUACCUCGCGCCCUAUCUUCGUAAUGCGGAACUCGCGAAGCCCGUGACAAGCCUUUAUAAGGGCACACUGCGGGUGUUGCUGGUACUGUUGCACGACUUCCCCGAAUUUCUCUGCGACUAUCACUACGGAUUUUGCGACGUGAUACCACCAAACUGCAUACAAAUGAGGAAUCUGAUAUUGAGUGCUUUCCCAAGAAACAUGCGGCUGCCCGAUCCGUUUACGCCGAAUCUAAAGGUCGACAUGCUUCAAGAAAUAGCGCACGCCCCGCGUGUUCUCACCAAUUUCGCGUCCACGAUACAGCCGUUGACCUUCAAGAAAGAACUCGACUCUUAUUUAAAAGCUCGCGCGCCGGUCACCUUCCUGUCCGAGCUGCGCAGCAAUCUGCAAGUGUCGCAAGAAGCCGGCGUACGUUACAACAUUCAGUUAAUGAAUGCUCUGGUGCUCUACGUGGGUACGCAGGCAAUAGCAUUUAUUCGCAGCAAGGGCCACGCUCCCAAUAUGUCCACCAUCGCGCACUCCGCACACAUGGACAUCUUCCAGAAUCUGGCGGUCGAUCUCGACACCGAGGGUCGUUACUUGUUCCUGAACGCCAUUGCGAACCAGCUGCGGUAUCCCAACAGUCACACGCAUUAUUUCAGCUGUACGCUUCUCUACCUGUUCGCCGAAGCGAACACGGAAGCGAUACAAGAGCAGAUCACUAGGGUUCUCCUCGAAAGACUGAUUGUUAACAGACCACACCCAUGGGGUCUUCUCAUCACCUUCAUCGAAUUGAUCAAGAAUCCGACUUAUAAAUUCUGGUCGCACGAGUUUGUACAUUGCGCGCCGGAGAUUGAAAAAUUGUUUGAAUCCGUAGCGAGAUCGUGUAUGGUCCAGAAACAGGUGCCUACCACGGAGACGGAGAUCCCGGAGUGAUAGACCGUUUCACUUUACACGAUCAUUAUGUGUACAGUAAGAUGAGAAUCAAUGAUGACCGAGUAUUGCGUGUAAAAAGUUGUUGAUGAAUGCGGAUAAAUGUAUACUAUUGAGUUUAAUUUCUCGUGAUGGAUAGAUAUCGUACGUGAGUGUGUAUUGAUUCAUAUAGCGUGUAAGCGAGACAAUUAUUGCGUUAAUAUUUUAAUAAAAAAAACUUUGACUAUAUAGAAAAGAGAGAGAAAGAGGAAGGAAAAGCCCCUCGUACACCUCACUAAAUGUGUCUUUUGAGCAAUGUAUUUCACACUGUGUAUUAUACAUAUAUGAUGUUUUGUGAACACAAAACGCAAAGAUGUCAGUAUAUACAUAAUAAAGCGUAUCGUGAUAAAAUAAGAGUUCACACAAAUAACAAAUAGUGUUCAGCAAAUGCAAUUACAAUAGACAUUUCUCGCGUGCGCGCAUGUACGAUUAAUUAUGAUUGUGUUUUCGAGUGAAUACAUGAUACAUACACAGAGAAAUAGCAUGUUGCACAAUGAGAGAUUAAUAUUUAUAGGAGGAAUAUACAUUUUAGAAGGAACAAUAUUGUUUAUAUAUAAGUGUAUACACGAUACAUUUCAAAACCUGUGACAUAUAGUCUAAAAUACUAGUAUAUAUGUGUGAUUUUUUCAAGAAUUAGAGUAGAUACACAA